AAUAAUAAUAAUAAUAAUAAUAAUUUGUAAAUGGAUUGUUUGCCUAAUUUUUCACCUAAGAUUUCGGAAUUAGAGAACAGUUUGUAUUUGCUAUCAUCAACAGCCGAAAGUUUAACACCGACGACGAUGGCAGCAACAACCACAACAACAACAACAGAUAAAGUUAAUUCAUCUUCUACAUUUUUAAUUACAGACAUUUUAGCUCCAAACAAAAAAGACAAUAUUGAACAUUUAACAAAAGACAAUGAAAACAUCGAACCAUUUGAACAUAUACAACAGAAACAAGCAGAAAUACAGAAUGACAGUGAAACUAUGAAGUGCUUUCAGUUUGACAAAGACAAAUCAUCAGUGAAUUCACUUAUCGAUGGUAACAGUAAUAAUGCACAUUUCUGGAAUUAUUUGUAUAAUUUUCUAACUACUAAUUCAUCAGCGUACACUAAACAAUUCUUAGCAGAUCAAUUGCAGUUACCAUUGGUUACACAUUUAUCACAAGGUGCAUUUUCAGAAAAAAUAAAAGAAAGAUCUGAAAUAAUAACAGAAACAGCCAGACAAACAUUGUUACAGAAUAUUUACCACACUCAAAAUUACAAUGAAAACACUCAUGCAACUGACAGUAACCCAUUAAGAAUGAUAUAUAGUGAGUUUUGGAAGUAUUUUGUAGAAAAUUCCCUAAGAAAUAGUGACAAAAAUGAUUUGGAGAAUAAAGAUAAUUUCGAAAACUCUAGGGAUGAUCAGUUGUGUAACUUAAACCAGUCAAAAUUAUACUGGAGUAGAUUGUUUGAACAGUAUUUGAAUCAAACACAAAAUUCCGUCUUCAAUAGCGCCAAUAAUAACAACAGCCAGAGCAACAGCAAUGUUAUUUAUAUCAAGGAAACAGUUGGACAAAGAAAAGAGGAUAACGAAGGCGUUAGACAAGAGGAUUUUGUUAAUCAAGAAAAAUUCUUGAAAAUUUCAAAUUUAGAAAAUUCAAGCAUAAAUGCUUCUCAGUUGGAUGACAUGAAAAGUUAUAAAAUUUGGCUGCAUUCUAUGCAGUGUUUAAAUUCUCAACAGAAGAUGAUUGAUGCGUACAAAUCACAUCAUUGGAUGAAAAAUUAUUUCAAUGAAACAGAUGGUAUAAAAAGUAAUUCUGAGGCGUAUACAGUCCAGAGUAGAAAUGCUCCACGUGUCAAUGUAAAUAGUAGUAGUAGUAGUAGUAUCAAUAGUAAUAGUAUAAGUAGCAGUGAUAAUGAAAAUACAACAAAUACGAGUAAUAGUAGUAACGAUAGUCAUAGAGGUAAUAUAUUAACACCUAUGGAUUUCAGUUCAAAUUCUGCACUGGACGCUCUCAUUCAUAUGACAACAUCUACAAUGAAACAACUAAAACGUCCGGGUGAUAUAUCAGAUGAAUUUCAUGAACAGUCUACAAUACAAUUUUACAAUAAAGUAUCACAAACACGUAAACGACGUAAAACUCGUACAACUUUUUCUAAUUCUCAAUUGAGUGAAUUAGAGAAUAAUUUUCAUCGUCAAAAGUAUCUGACACCAUCUGAUCGUGAUCGAAUCGCUAAACAUUUGGGAUUAACUAAUACACAGGUCAUUACAUGGUUUCAAAAUCGUAGAGCUAAACUAAAAAGAGAAGCUGAAGAACUUGAACGCGAUGUAAUGGCUUUGCGAAAACAAAAACAACAAAAAUUCAAUUGUUUUUCAUUACCUCUUCAUGAAGAUGACGAUGAUGAUAAUGAUGAAGAGUCAGGAGAGGAUGAGGAAAAAAGUCUCAAAGAUGAUUGUCAUGAAUUUAUGCAAGCGAAUCAUUCAAAACUUUUAACACAAUCACUUACACUAUCACGAGUAUCAUCGACCCUGAUACCAAUUAGGGAUUCAUUGGAUAGUAAACGCGGAAUAACUAAUACUUCUCAUAUAAUUCAUUCAAAUGCAUUCAUUGGUUCAACGGGGGAUGAAAGAAGAACACGACAAAUAGAAUCAAAUAUGUCACUUGAUUGUAACAGAAUUAAUAAUGAAAAUUAUAUAAAAAAUUUCCAUUUUCACGAGAAACAAAUUCCUUUACUUAGUCUUAAAAAUAACAAUAGUACUAAUGAUGUUUACCAUGGUGAUAAUGAUGGAAAUAAGCAAAGAUCAUUUGAAAAAUCAAAUCAGAUAUGGUGUCCUGCAUUAGAAUUAGAACAAGAAAGUAGUUAGGCAACAUUUCUCAGCCUUGUACUGAUCAAUAUACAGUUCCCCUUCUUUUAUGCUUUCAUUGUAAAAAUAUUGAACAAUGAACCAGUUCAGAUAAACAGUUAUUUGUACAACGAAAUAAUAUGUAAUUAGUUAAAUCAUAAAGUGUAUUAAAUUGUUAAGUCUUUUAGUCAUCCAUAGCAUCUUUUUUUGCAUUU